AAAACAAAAAACUUCUGGAAAGUCCUGAAAAACCAAGCUAACUGGCUAAAGCAUUUAGCCAACAAUAGCGUUAUCAAAAGUUGUUUCGAAGUGAGAAAACGUUAUUUUUGUUAUUUAUUACUGCCCGAUACAUUUUAUGAUGGAGACCUAUCCGAAGUUACGCUCUUUCCACAACUUCUUUUGGUCGGUUUUCGUGGCAUAGCCAGGAAAAGCUGUUUAGUAGCAUCAGUUAGCUUAGCAUUGGACUCUCCGACAAUAAAUCCCAGCCUCCUCUGAGCCUUGUUGGACGGCUGGAAUUUGUGACUUUACCCGCAGCUUCCUUUAACAGCAUCACCCUCAAAAUGUCCAUCCUAGGAUUAAAGAAGAAACAGCCCAAGACUUUUAAAGUCAAAGUAAUCACUAUGGAUGCAGAAAUGGAGUUCAGUUGUGAGGUGAAGUGGAAAGGUAAAGACCUGUUUGACCUGGUCUCUCGCACUGUAGGUCUUAGGGAGACCUGGUUCUUCGGACUCAGGUACACCGUAAAGGACACCUACGCAUGGCUGAAACCAGAGAAACGGGUCUUAGACCAGGAGGUUCCCAAGGACUCCCCCAUAACAUUUCACUUCCUGGCUAAAUUCUUCCCAGAAAAAGUAGAAGAAGAACUUGUCCAAGAGAUAACACAGCACCUCUUCUUCUUACAGGUGAAAAAACAGAUAUUAGACGAAGAGAUAUUCUGUUCUCCUGAAGCGUCCGUUCUGUUGGCAUCAUACGCUGUCCAGGCCAAGUAUGGGGACUAUGACCCAGCCUUUCACAAGCCGGGGUUCCUGGCACAAGAUGAGCUUUUGCCAAAAAGGGUUUUGAUGCAGUACCAAAUGACAGCUGACAUGUGGGAGGAGAAGAUCACAGCGUGGUACGCAGAGCACAGAGGCAUCGCCAGGGACGAGGCAGAGAUGGAAUACUUAAAAAUUGCUCAGGACCUUGAGAUGUACGGCGUCAGCUACUUCGCCAUUACUCAAAAUAAGAGGGACACAGACCUGUUGCUUGGAGUCGACGCUCAGGGUCUUCACAUCUACAGCCCCAACAGCAAACUCAACCCCAACAAAUCCUUUCCCUGGAGCGGCAUCCGCAACAUCUCGUACAGCGAAAAGGAGUUCACAAUCAAACCCCUGGAUAAGAAGAAAGAUGUUUUCAAGUUCUACUCAUCUCAACUGCGCGUAAAUAAGCUGAUCCUGCAGCUGUGCAUCGGUAACCACGAUCUGUUCAUGAGGAGGAGGAAGGUGGACUCCAUUGAAGUGCAACAGAUGAAGGCUCAAGCGAAAGAGGAGAAAGCCCGGAAGAAGAUGGAGCGUCAAAUACUGGCAAGGGAAAAACAGAUGAGAGAGGAAGCAGAACGGGCAAAAGAAGAGAUGGAACGAAGACUUUUCCAGCUGCAGGAUGAGGCCCGGCUGGCCAACGAGGCACUGCUGAGAUCUGAAGAGACGGCGGACCUGCUGGCAGAGAAGGCCCAGAUUGCUGAGGAGGAGGCCAAGCUGUUGGCCCACAAGGCUGCAGAAGCUGAACAGGACAGGCAGAGGUUAGAGGUCACCGCCAUGAAGACCAAAGAGGAGAAACGGCUGAUGGAGCAGAAAAUGAGGGAGGCAGAGCAGCUGGCUGUCAAACUGGUGGAGCAGUCUGAGAGGAGGUUGAAGGAGGCAGAUCACCUGAAACAGGACCUGACUGAGGCCAAGGACGCUGAGCGGAGGGCCAAACAAAAGCUGCUGGAGAUCACCAAAACAACUUACCCUCUCAUUGCAGCGUACUCCACUCCCCCCGCUCCCCCUGCUCCGCCCGAAGCAGCCGACUUUUCCUACGAAUCCGCAUCCACACGCCUCGACUUCAAGGACUCUGACAUGAAAAGGCUGUCCAUGGAGAUCGAGAGAGAGAGGCUGGAGUACAUGGAGAAGAGUAAACACUUGCAGGACCAGCUGAAGGAGCUAAAGACAGAGAUCGAGUCUCUGAAGCUAGAGGAGCAGCAGCAGCAGGCUGGGGUCUACAGCCUCCGCAAUGAGGCAAGGGGAUACGUCCAGGAGCCCGUCUACAUACCUCACAGCAAUCGAAACUCUGCAUACAUGUCACAGAUGGCCUUCUUUGAAGAGGUGUGAUCCGAGUCCUGUGAGAUGAGGAAGGAGGGCGCCAGCUGUUGGGACUUUUCCUUAAUAUGUUUGGUUAAUUUUUUACCUACCAGAGAGACCUUCAAAUACAAUGUGACUUUGGAAAGGCUCUAAAUAUAUCCUGAACAACAAACAGCUGCUAGUUUGGCUGCCUGCACAGGUUUCCACGCUAGAUUGUACCACAGUUACACAACAGCACCUUCCACAUUUCAUUUCCAACACAGUAAUGUGUCUGAAGAUGAAUUUAUAAACGAGUUGCUGAUGAUUAUUUGUGGUUUUAAGGGAUAUGCAGCUGUAAUAUGGUCAGAUAUUUUAUCAUAACAGACAAGUUAUACAUUAUUGCCUGAAGCUCACUUUGUGGCAGUUAUUGGGGUUUGAAUUUGACAGAUGUAAUUAGGUAAAUUAUCUUUUGUAAAUAUGGUCAUUUUUUUUUCAAACCAGCAAAGUGUUUUGCAAACGUUUUAAAGUAGUACAUCAAAGAAACCCGACGUCCUGAUUAUACAUUUACCAAGCUUUUGAUGAAUGUACAGCACCAGUCAAAAGUUUGGUCACACCUUCUCAUUCAGUGGUUUUAGUUAUUUUAUGUUAUUUUCGACAUUGUAGAUUAAAACUGAAGACAUCAAAUCUACGAAAGAACAAAUGGAAUUAUGUAUUAAACAAAAAAAGUGUUAAACAAACCAGAAUACAUUUUAUAUUUUAGAUUCUUCUUCUGGUCACCUGGAUGGUUUUCAGUUUGUCAAGAGUGAAUUGGUGGAGUUUUUUAAUGUGUUUAAUGAGAAUCUAAACUGUAAAACCUAUUCUGGUUUGUUAAACACUUUUUCAUUUACUACAUAAUUCCACAUGUGUUGCAUCAUAGUUCUGAUGUCUUUCAUGUUAAUCUACAAUGUAGAAAAUAAAAUAAAAAUACAUUGUAAAAAGUAGAAUGAGGAGCUGAGUCCAAACUUUUCACUAAAGACAACUCUUCAUCAAUGACAUGUAAUGUGAAAACUAAAGGGGGUAUUUUAUGAAAAACUCUUGUAGAAACUAGAGCCCGACAGAUAUGGGAUUUUUGAGACUUAUAAAAUAUUCAUCAAUAACCGAUAUGGUGGCUGAUAUAGUAAUUUUUUUCACCGAUUUUUCACCACUCUGCAAAUGCAUCCAGAGUGCUUCUUUCUCAAACAUAUAAUUUAUUAAAUAAUACUCAGCAUUGUUAUGCAUUAUAUAAACAAUGUAUUAUAUUGCCAGCCAAUUCUACACACGAUAACUGAGGAAAAAUAUGAUAAACAUUCAAUCAUGAGGAUUUUAACCCUUUAAAUGCCAGUUUGAUUACUUGAUAUCACUGUUGUUAAAACAUAAAAUUAGUUAUUUUCCAUAAAACAGUCUUGGAUAUUUCAAAGAUGAGUCAAAAUAUUGACUUUGAUGCAUUAUUAGUUUUUGUGUAGCAUCAGAUUUAAAAUUUACUCUCCUCUUAAGUCAGUGCCAGUUUUAAUAGCAGAUUUUUGGAAGUGGGCUUUUUUGUCCCUAAUGGCAGUAUUCUAUUGAUCUUUUAUAAAUAUUUAAAUUUGAAUUCCAAAACUUGUCAAGAAACAGACUUUCUUACGAAAAAUUGUGCCAUAUGCACUAACACAGCCAAAAUAAUGACCAGAUCAAGAGGAAAAAUUUGCCCAAAUUGACUAAAAUUUCCAUAAUGAUGCACGAGGGUUAAAAAAUUCACAGCAAACAUUUCUAAAUCACGGCAACAUUUUUUGCAUUAUAUAUUGAGUCAAUAAAAGUUUUCAUAGCUGCACAUAUCGGACAGCAUAUCCACCGAUACAGAUAGGCCUUGGGUAGCUUAAUAUCGGCCCAUAAUAUCUGUCAACAAAUAUAUCUGCCGGGCUCUACUAGAAACCCAAAAUGAAAAACCUAAAAUGUCCCCUUUAACAUUAAAGGUAAGAAACUAAGCUAAGAAAUUGCGACUUACCUUGCAAAAGUAGAAGUUGACACGCCAUGAAAAGGUUGAAUGCAGUUUCUGAUCUUUGUUUGCCGUUUCUGUGACACAGAAACACACCGGUGCCUUCGUAUUUUUCUCAUGCCUGUAGUUGAUAGAAAUGUAGUAUACAGUUACAAGCUUGAGCUCUGCCAUUUCAAGUUUUUACAUUUUGUAUUCUACACUGUUGACGUGCCUUGAAUUUUAUUUUUUACUCUUAUGAUUUCAUUAACUAAGGUUUUAUUUGGUAUCACUGUUCUCAUGUGUCUUAUCAUUUGGUGACUUUAAGUUUGGAGUUGAUGUCAUACUGACUGAUUUACAGAU